AUGGACAGCCCAUCUCCAACAAGCGCUCUUCUGGGGCGCCCGGACUUCAAGGGGGGCUACAAAACCCCCGGCAUCGAGCAGUUCACAAGAGUACCAAAAAUCGAGCCUCAAUCCACCUCCCCACCCCUCAAAUUGAUCCUGAUCGCCAUCGCAGUCUGUAUGGGCGGCAGUUUUCACUUUGGAUUUCAGUUGGUAAUCACGAACCCGACGCAGGCCGUCUUUAUCAAAUUCGUCAACCAAUGCCACUACGACCAUUAUGCCGUGCUGUUGGAGAAGGAGUCGCUUGAUACGCUCUGGUCGACAAUCGUGGCUCUCCUGUUCGUCGGCGCAUUAAUAGGCUCUUUCGUGCUCCGUUACACCGCCGAGAAGCUCGGCCGAAAGAACGGUCUCUAUCUCUCGUUCUCGCUCGGCCAAAUCUCGAUUGCGAUGGCCGUUGUGUCGUCUUGGGUGUUCUCGUACGAGUUGUACAUUGUAUCUCGCAUCAUCCUCGGCAUCUCAAUCACGAUGAGUCUCGGUCUAUCAGCCAUCUACCUGGCCGAGAUCUCUCCGAAAAGCUGUCGCGGCAAGGUUGGACUCGUCACCGGAAGUGUCAUCCAAGUUGGCACCGUAUUCGGCUCAAUUAUCGCGAUGCCAAACGUCUUCGGAACCGAGGCCGCGUGGCCCCUGAUCUACAUCACCGAAUUCGGACUGAUGCUCGCCUCGUUCCUCUGCCUCCCGUUCUUGCCGGAGAGCCCAUCGCUUCUCCUGUCGCGUGGUGACGAGUGGGCAGCGCGUCGUGCCAUUCAGUUCUUCCACUGUUGCGAUGAGAUGACGGCGUUGAAGGUUAUCGCUGAGAUGAAGGAUGACUCCUCGCACUCGGAGAAGCCGCUCGGCAUGAUUGAAGUGCUGCAAGACCCGAAAUUGAGGAAGCGGACUUUCGUCGGCAUGGUGGUCGCAUUUUCGAUGGCUUUCUCCGGCAUUGCUGUAAUCAACGGGUUCGCCGUGGAAAUCCUACAAACGACCGGCCUCUCCCAGAUGCAGGCUUCCGUGGCGAACGUCGGCUUCACCAUCAUCAGCUUGUUGGCCGUCUACGUGGCCGCCAAGGUGGUCGAGACGCACGGACGUCGUUCGCUGCUCCUCUCCACAAAUACAGCCAUUUUGGCGACGAAUAUCGUGAUGGCCAUCCUGAUGCAACUUUUCAAUAUGACCAAGUGGCAAGUGGUCGGCUGGCUGUUGAUCCUGGACAUUGCCGUCUUCACACUGUUCUUCUCCAUCGGUCCGGGACCCCUCUGCUACUUUGUCUCCACCGAGUUGUUGCCACAAAAGGCCCGAUCCGCGGCCCAGGGAUGGACGGCUGCCGUGCAGAUGGCCGCGCGUGCCUUCCUUUUGAUGGCCUACCUGCCGCUGAAAAACUCGACGAACAACGCGGCGGCGUACGCGAUACUUUUCGUGCUGCCGGUCGCCGGCUCGAUCGCCUUCAUGUACUACCAAUUGCCUGAAACGAAAAACCGGACGCCAACUGAGGUCGACGAAGAGACGCGUCACCUCCCCCAACUCUGCGGCCAACCCAUCGAAAAACCCUCUCGAAUCGACGACAUCGACGAGGAACUUAUUUAU